AUGGCGACGACGAGGAUGUGCGCCCCGCGCGCGUCCGCGUCGAAGCCGCGCGGCGUGCGAAGGCGGAAGGCGUCGGAGAGAUCGAUGUCGGCACGACCGUCGACGCGCAUGACGUCGACGCGAGCGUCGCCGUCGUCGACCACGGACGCGGACGCGGACGCGCGCGUCGCGACGAAGAAGAAAGAGAAGCCGCCGAGAAAGCCGACGUCGGAGCUCAUCGCGAACUUGUGGGGGGAGCUGAAGUACGUCUCCCCGAGGGACGACCCCCUCCCCGAGGCUGUCGAUCUCGUGGCGACGAUCGAGGCUUCGAAAGCGCGACCGGGCCCCGGGGAGCGGUGGACGGACGCGCAGUGGGAGAGACAAGAGGCCGCGGCCGCGGAGGUCGCGGGUAAGAUUGGGAAAUACUGGAACGCGAAGUGGGACAAUCUCGCGAACAGCGACGCGGUCAAGGAGGCCGCGCCGCUGCUGUCCUCCGCGGUGAACGUCGCCAUCGCCGGCGUGUUGAUUCGCCUGGCGCUGCCGCGCGUCGCGGCGUUGCAAGCCGUCGGCGGAUUCGACGAUCUCACGGAGUUUUUCGGGCUCCCGCCGAGGGACGAGCUGAAGGGGUACUUAGACCAACUCCAAGGACUGAACACCGCGGUCGUGUUCGCGGUGUACGUCGGCCUGUUCGCCGCGGAGAAGCUCACGAUGACGGACGAGUUUCUGCCCAUCGGGUUCAUCUUGCCCGUCGUGUCCCCGGUUGUGUUCGGCGGCGUGUUCGGAGGGACGAUGAUGACGUCGCUCGCGAGCACGAUGGCCGCGAGCUUGAACUUCUGGCUCGGACGGACGGUCUUCAAAGAGAAAGCGCUCGCGCUGAAGUGGAAAGACAACCCCGCGGUGGGGGAGAGCAAGUGGUUCAACGCGCUGUCGCGGAGGUUCGACUCUCGCGAGUUCCCCGAGAGCGAGUUUCCCUUCACGGAAGGGUUUAAGUCCGCGCUUCUGCUGCGUCUGUGCCCUAUACUCCCGAUCCCACUGAGCGGGAACUGGUACGUGUGCGGGAUGACGCCGCUGCGGUUCCCGGAGUUUUUCGCCGCGCACUUCAUCGGGAGCUCGAAGACGGCUUUCAUCGACGCGUACCUCGGGUCGUUGCUCUUUCAAGCCGCGUUCGAGGCGGACUCGCUGAAGGACCAGGCGCAGACCGCGCUCGUGUUCGAGACGGGGGCGCUGGUGCUGAUAUCUAUCGGCGUGACGACGUACGCGACGGAUCUGUUCACGCAGAUUUUAGAAGAGGAAGGCAUCGACGCGUCGAACAUGAUGUCCGAGGACGACGACGACGACGAGAGGGAACCGCCGGAGGAGAAGAUGGGCGAGGGCGAAUUCACAAAGGUGCUGAACAGCAUUCGCGAGCAGCAGGGCGUCGACGUCGGGGAAGACGUCGUCAUGGACAGAGCCGUGGAGACGUACAACGCGGCGAAGUUGUCCGAGCUGAGUGAAGCCGGGCCCGACGAGGUCGCGUCGUGGGUCGCGGACUCCUUGGACGGGGAGGACGCGUCGAAAAAGUGA